AUGAGCGAAACAAAAGAAGAAGUUAAAAACGCCACCGUUAAGGUGACUGUUAAACUUCCAAAAGAAGAAAACCAUUCGCAUAAUACUAAACAUGUCAAAAAACCCCAAGCUGCUAAGAAUAAUGAUAUAUCUUUUGAAAUUGGCAGAGAAUCUAAAAUUCAAACUGUCCUAGAUGUAUUGGCUAUGAUUCCAAGUUCCAAGUACUUGACAAACGUUGGGUUGAAAGCAAUUGAAGGUGACUCCCAGCUAACUGACGAAGUGUCUAUAAAGGAAAUUGCUGGUGAAAAAAGCGAGUUGAAACUUCAAUUGAUACUGAAGCCAUAUAGUGCGAGGGAGGCUUUGAAACAUGUGAUUACCGUUCGCGACUUUAUCGGGUUUGCCCAAGAAACCUCUGACGGAUUAUCCGAAUUUGCUAUUUCUACUGGUUCAAACUUUUCCUCGUUACCGUUGGGCCCUAUCAAGGAACGCUCAAAGCAAGAAGAAAAAGACGAGAAGAGUGAUCCAGAGGAAAAGAAAAAUACUUUCAAAAAUGUUUCUGACGAGGAAAAACUAAAAUUCAACGAGAUGGUUCAUGAAGUAUUUUCUAGCUUCAAGAAUUCUUCAAUUAGCAAACUUCUCACAUCCGAAUCCAAUAUCAUCACGCCAUGCGUCAGGUCUUUGAGUUUUGCACCUUAUAACCCUGUACCUCCAUUUUAUAGAAGUAAAGGUCAUCUAUUUUACCUACAAGUUGUUACCUUGGAAGGCGAAAAUUUUUAUAUCACUGCAAUUCCAUCUGGGUUCUACGUCAAUAAAUCAAACUCAACCAAGUUUGAUCCUUCUCCUAAGGAAAACGCUGACGAAAACGCGCACGCAUGCCUGAUUUACUACAGUCUAUUUGACUUGAUCGCUUCUCAUUCUAAAAAAUUCAUUUCUCAUAUCCAAGCGCUCGAGAAGAAAGUAUCUGCUUUAGACUCUACAAGUUAUGUAAGACCAAGCAAUACUUUUUUGCAUAAACCGUGGUUUGUUUCUUCCUUACCGGCAAAUAACCCAGAUUAUCUAAGGUUACAAACAGCCGCCUUGGAUACCACUCCAGAAAGAAACUUUAAUGAUGAAUUCCAAGCUAUCAAAGAUCUGACUACGUCAACAUUACAUGAUCGUAUUGAGAUGGAAAGAUUGUUUUCUAAAGUAGUACAUGAAUUUUCCGUUACUGCAGCAUCAGGUGCUAUGUCAAUAUUUUACAGUGAUUUCAUUGCAAUGAACCCAGAAUCUCCAACUUGCGAUCAAAUUUUCUUAAAGGACAAUAUUUUUUAUUCCUAUGUUUCUGAUGUUAGCGGCAAUUAUGAAGGAAAGGGUGGGGAUGAGGCCGCCAUUGCUGCUUCCAAUCAAGACUUGAAAACAAUCAACAUUUUGAAUCGCCUGCAUAUGCACGAAAUUCGUUAUCUUUUAACGACUGUCGUCGAAUUUGCUGGCAGGAGGAUCUUGGCUCAAACUCCAGUACCUGGACUCUUAGCUACCAUGGGUAACAAGAUUGUCAAAGAUGCUAAUACCGGCGAAGAAAUUACCGAAGAUUUCGUCAAUGAUAUCAAUGUCAAAUAUGGCCUUGAUGAAGGUUUAGGAAAAAUUGUUUAUGAUGCUGACUUUGAAGCUGUCUUAGAAAAAAAGUUUGUCAAAGCUUUCCAUUUAAAGAAGCACACAGUUAACGGCACUGAAUUGGCAUUUUCGUCUCAAUCAAAGGGAAUCGUUGGAUUCGAUAAGAGGCGCUAUAUUUUGGAUUUAGCCAACACAUACCCUCUGGAUGUCAAUUUUGCUAGACAAAACUUUGACAACAUCGAUGUAACGGACAACCGUUACCCACACAGGCAAACUUUGUUACGUCCGGAACUGGUAGAAAAAUGGUGGAAUAAUAAAGUUGAGAAAGAAGGUGUUGAAUUUGAAAAAGCCUAUGAAGAAAAUAUGUUUAGUUAUAACCCUGAUGCUUAUCAAGUCGAAGGUAUUGAGGACACUAGUAUUGAUGAAAUGUCGAACUACUUACAAGAAGAAGUCAUCCCCAGCGUUAUUCAAGAUUACCUAUCCGGAAAUUUGAGCACUCCUUACAAUGGUGAACAUUUAGCCGAUACUUUACAUAAGAAUGGUAUCAACAUGCGUUAUCUAGGUAAAAUUAUCGAGCUUUCUCAAAAGGAAUUAGACUCUCAAAUUACCAACUACGAAAAAAAUUUGAAAGCUGUUGAACAAGGUAACAAAGAAUAUGAGGAUUGGGAAAAAUCUUAUCUGCAAAAAAUUGAGACUAUGAUUAAAGAGAGACAAGCCAAGAUUAAUAAGCUGGUACAAGAAGGCAAAGAAGUUCCUAAAGAACUAACCGAAGAUUUGAAAUUGAACGAUGAAGAAAUCAAAAAACCAACUGAUGGAAAACCUGUCGUCGUUGCCUAUGAUGAGCUAGUGCCAUUGAUAAAAAUUUCUGAAUUAGAAAUUGUUUCGCGUUCUUUGAAACAUGUUUUGAAAGAUUUGAGUAAAGAUGUUCCAGUCUUUUUGGUUCCAUCUUUGGUUGCAUACGUCUUCAAUAUGUUGGUUGGUAUCAACUACAAUGCCAAUCCAAAGCCAGAACCUGUGGACGAAUUUUAUCCAGUCAAUAAGUGUUCAUUUGUUAAAUUGACACGUUCCGAAUUAUUGGAAUCCAUCUCUAAACAGGCCUUCUUACGUUUCCGUUAUAAAUUGCCUUCUGAUUGGAUCGAAGCCUAUAUGGAAAAUCCUUUCACGCUCAUUAGAAGUGUUUCUUACAAAUUUGGUAUUCAAUUGCUCAAUAAAGAAUACUUUUUCACCAGAGAAGAAUUGGAAAUUUAUAAGCAAAGUUUGGAAAAGAAAAUUAGGAACAAGUUUGUCGAACCAUCAACUACCUUCAGUUUAAGCGAUUUGACUAUUAUUCCACGCGUUAAGUUCUCAGAAUACACUUCUUCAGUUAGUGAGGAAUUCUGGGCUCAAGGUGCUUCUAUGAUCAACGAAGACAAGCAGAGUGCUUUGACUUUGCUUGCUCAAUCGAUCACAGUCUUAGAAGAUGUCAACAAUAUUUUACAUCCUGCUGUUGCUGAAAAGUACUUGUCAUUAUCUGCUAUUUACAAUAAGUUGGCGUUAUACCCUGAAGCCAUUGCCUUCUGUCGUAAGGCAUGCACUAUUUAUGAAAGAGUUAGCGGCAUUGAUUCUUUUGAAAUGAUGAGGGCUUUAACUAAUUUAGCAAUUUUAGAAUUCUCUAACGAAAGUCCUUAUAACGCUGCUGUCGUAUAUAAUAGGCUCGCCGAGAUCCUAAAGGUUUACGAGUUACCUAAAAUCCACCAUCCAGCCCCCACAAGUAUUUUCAACCAUUUGGAACAAUUGGCCCUGGGUGUUCAAGACACUAAAUUGGCUAUAGAAGUCUUGGGACAACUAAGUUCCUAUGUGGUAGAAUUAGAAGGCAAGGAUUCAUUAGCAUAUGGUUAUACCGAGUCACGUUUGGGUAAUUUGUUUGCAGCAUUGAAGGAUUUCCAUCGUGCAUUAGAACACAUCACUGUAACCCAAGGGAUUUUUACCAAGCAAUUAGGCAUGAAUCACACACAUUCAGCCCAAUCAAGACAGUGGGUUAAUGGUUUGAGCACAUUGAUAAUGGAUUUAAAACAAAAGAAGCAGCUUGCACAAGAUCAAAUGUCAGCAACGGGGUCAAAUGCAGCCAGCCAUAAAAAAAGCAAUCACCGUCAAAAGAAGGAUGAUGUUAAACCUGAAUUAGCUGACAAGAGCGUAGAUGAGUUGUUAACAUUCAUAGAAGGCGAUUCUACCAACUCUAAGAGCAAAAAAAAAGGCAAUAAUAAGAAGAAACAUGGUAAGAAAUAG